AGUCUAUACUGUCAUUGUAUAGUCAAUCUCUUAGGAUGCUCUCUAGUCUAUAUCUCUCUUUCUAUCUGCCUAAGUGUAAUCUUGUCACCUUUGUCUCUUUUCCUCUUUCUUUUUCUCAACUUUUACUUGUACAAAUAGUUGCGAACUCCAAACCUUUUUGGAUAAACAAAAGUUUUUUUUUCUCUUUAUUGUAUAUAUAAAGGCGAAUAUACCUUUCUAACAAGGAAGAAAAUAAACAAUUACCUUAUACCCUUAAUGUUUACAUGUGAAUUUGGACUUUGGAGGACCACACUUUUAUUGAAGUUAUCUGAUCCUAGUAGUAGUUAAAUACAAUUUGUUCCUCCAUCAUGUUUUCUCUUUGCAUUCCAACACUUUACAAGUAGAAAGCAUGCAAAAAAUUUUGAGGAAAGUUUUGGAAUGCAAGAGAAACGAUGUUUUAGAAAUAAAAUCAUUUUUUCACAGAUUUCUUAGAAUUACGGAAAAAUGUAUAGAACAAUCAGAAUGAGUGAUAGUACAAAAUUGAUUUAUGAAUUAGUGUUUUAUCUCUCUUACAUGUCAGCACUUUAUGAACGUCACUGAUGACCCUAAAGACAUGGGAACACAAAUGAAAAAAACAAUAGUUAAACCAGAAAAGAGUAAGCUUAGGAGGCUCAAAACAGUUCCUUCUUGUUUAAGUUUAGUUAGCUGUUUAAGCUCCCCCAACUUAAUCUUUGCCUUUGAUCAUGUUUGGUCACUUUAAUGGAUAUACUUUCUUUUCUUUUUUAAAUAUUGUCGGAUUGUUCACUUAGUACAAAAUGAAAAAAUAAAGUAUUAUUUAUACAGCAAAUAUUUUUAACAAAUGUCAUUGUACCAGGUUCCAUGUCAGUAUCCAUCUCUGCUAAAAAACAUAUAAAAUAUUCAUGCCAAAUUAAUUUCUUCACACUCACUCACUCUCUCUCUCUCUCUCUCUCUCUCUCUCUCUUUGUUUGGUUUCUAAAUUGCAUCGUUUUUCUUACUGUUUUUGAGCUUUGGACCAAGCUUUGACCUUUUGUCGAAACUGCUGUUUCCAUGAAGAUUAUCUCCGCGAACUUGCUUUCUUCAGAGAAAUGGCGUUGAAGGGUUGAAAGAAAGGCGCUUCCUUUUCGGAGAUAAAUCAUUCGCGGAGCUUCGUUGAAUUUAAGUGAUCUUGCGAAAGGAGAAGACUUUGGUUGUGGGGAAGAGAUGGGGUGUGCUGCUUCAAGCAUAGACAAUGAAGAAAAGGUGUUAGUGUGUAGGCAGAGAAAGAGGCUAAUGAAGAAGUUAUUAGUGUUCAGGGGAGAUUUUGCAGAUGCACAGUUGGCUUAUCUUAGAGCUUUGAGGAACACUGGUGUCACUCUCAGGCAGUUCACUGAGUCUGAGUCCUUGGAGCUUGAGAACACUAGUUAUGGCUUAAGUUUUCCUUCUCCGCCUCCUACAUUGCCUCCUUCUCCGCCUCAUCCUCCUACCUUGCCUCCUCCACCACCUCCUCCUCCUUUUAGCCCGGAUUUGAGAAAGCCUGAGACUGAUGAGGAAGAAGAGGGUGCUGCAGAGAUUGAUGGUAAUGUUGAUGGGAGUGGUGCAACUCCUCCACCUCCAUUGCCGAACUCUUGGAACUUGUGGAACCCGUUUGAGUCACUAGAGCUGGAUAGCCAUCCAAAUGGUGAUAUUGUAGCUACACAAACUGACCUGAAGAAGAAACAAAAGAUUCAGCAAGCUGAAGAGGAGAACUGGGCAGAGACGAAGACUGAGUUUGAGGAAGAAGAUGAGCAACAAGAAGCAGUUGAUUUAAGUGUUCAGCAAAUAGAAGCCGUUGGUGGGUCUGAUGUGAAGAAGCCACGGCGUCUGACGUUUAAACUUGAAGAAGUUAUGGACGAUAACUCAUCGAUGACAAGCUGCUAUGGCAAAGAUCUGGAGAACACUGAUUGUAGGAUCAGGAGGACCUUAGAAGGGAUCAUCAAGGAGUUGGAUGAUUACUUUCUUAAAGCAUCUGGUUGCGAGAAGGAGAUUGCUGUGAUAGUGGAUAUCAACAGCAGGGAUAGUGUUGAUCCGUUCAGGUAUCAGGAAUCAAGAAGGAAAAGAAGUAGCUCUGCAAAGGUAUUCAGUGCAUUGUCAUGGAGCUGGUCCUCAAAGUCUCUUCAGAUGGGGAAAGAUGCUACAACAAGCGGUACUGUUGAGCCCUGCAGGCCUGGAGCUCACUGCAGCACACUUGAGAAGCUAUACACAGCUGAGAAGAAACUUUACCAGCUCGUCAGAAACAAAGAAAUUGCUAAAGUGGAGCAUGAGAGGAAGUCUGCGUUACUGCAAAAGCAAGAUGGGGAAGCCUAUGAUUUGAGCAAGAUGGAGAAGACUCGCUUGUCUUUGGAGAGUUUGGAAACCGAGAUUCAGCGUCUAGAAGAUUCCAUAACUGAGACAUGCUCAUGUGUGCUGAACUUAAUCAAUGAGGAGCUGUAUCCUCAGCUCGUUGCUUUAACCUCCGGACUAGCACACAUGUGGAAAACAAUGCUCAAGUGCCAUCAACUCCAAGUUCAUAUAUCCCAGCAACUGAACCAUCUUCAAGAUUACCCGAGCAUAGAUCUCAGUUCGGAAUACAAACGCCAGGCGGUUAAUCAACUAGAGACCGAGGUUACUAGCUGGUACAAUAGUUUCUGCAAGUUAGUAAAUUCUCAGCGAGAAUACGUGAAAACACUCUUUACGUGGAUCCAACUUACUGAUCGCCUCUCUAAAGAAGACAACCAAAGAACCAGCUUGCCUGUUGCUGCUCGUAAGCUCUGCAAAGAAUGGCAGCUUGUCUUUGAAAAGCUCCCUGAUCAGGUAACCUCAGAGGCCAUUAAAAGCUUUCUGAUGGCAAUCAAAUCUGUUAUUAAUCAACAAACUGAGGAGUACAACUUGCGGAGGAAAUGGAAUAAACUUGAAACAAGGCUGGAGAAAGAGCUAGUUUCACUAGCUGAGAUGGAAAGAAGGCUCGAGGGUAUGUCAGCAAUGGAAGAGGACGCAAACUCAACGAGUCUGGGGUCUAAGCAUCCGUUGUUAAUCAAACAAGCCAAGAUCGAAGCCUUGAAAAAACGAGUGGACGUUGAGAAAACCAAGUACUUGAACUCGGUUGAGGUCAGUAAGAGAAUGACACUGGACAACCUCAAAUCAAGCCUUCCCAAUGUCUUUCAGGUGCUGACUGCUCUGGCAACUGUCUUUGCCAAAGGGUUUGAAUCCAUUCAUGGACUAACCGCUACAGAUGUUUCCAACACAUCCCAAGAUUCUGAUGAAACUAAACCCUAAGAAAAAAAGCAUGAUUCUCUUCUUGAGCUCUUAGGAGCUUUAGCUUCUUGGUGUUUGUUACUUUCUUUGUGCUACAUCCUACAGAGAUGCGGUUUUUGUAUAUGAAAGACUAUAGAGAAUCUCAUGUUUACAACUUUGUCCCCGUUCAAAAUUGCAUCAGUAGUUCUUCAA